GAGUAUUGAGCUUGGUAGCAGUUCUUAUUGUGAUAAUAGUAAUUUGUGAUGGAAAAAUGCCGAAAUCACGAUUUACCAAUAUUAUUUGCAAGUCGUACAACAAAACCUUUGGCGAAUUCGAAACCUGUAAACUAAAUGUGCUCGGCAGAGGCGUCAUCGGUGUUCAGCUGCAUCUCAAGUUAUAUAUAGUACCGAUCAACACUGUAUCCUCCAACUUGAGUGUACUACGUCGAUACAAUGGAUUCAAGCCAUUUAUGUACAACACCACACUUGACUUCUGCAAGUUUGCAAAGCAAUCGAAGAAAUUGUCCUUCGAGAAACUUGUUCUCGACGCUAUUGCCACCAAAUCUAAUCUGAAUCACACUUGCCCCUAUACACAUGAUAUCAUUGUGAAUAAUCUGGUGUUUAACGACAACUUCCUGCAGUCGUUGCCACUGCCACAAGGUGAAUACAAGAUACAAAUGUUAUUUGGCUCCGACAACAUCUGGAGAGUGCAAGUGGACAUCGUCAUCUUAAGAGAGGAGUGAAUCUAGUCGAAUCAUCGGAUUUAUAAUCGAUAAUUCAUUAUAGUAGUCAUUGCGUUGCUUCAGGCUAUAAGAUACAAAUUAAUUUUAAAAGAUUUAUUUUUGAGUUAUUUUAGAAAUUACUGAGCCGAAUAUAAGAUAUAGUCAAUAGAGCUAAUAACUAAACAGCUUUAAAUCACUCAUGGAAUAGCAAUGGAUGCGACAGUUUGGAGCUUUUUAAUUUUUGUCAGUUUUCAAAAGGCAUUUGUACAAAAUCUGGUUCAAGGCUUACCAAUCUGAAGUGUGAAUCCUACGAUCUCGACAUCAAUACAUGAAGAUUUAAUACAGUUUCAUUUAGAUCCACUGGAGCACAUGCAGCCGUAUAGUGUGUACAAACCAUUUCCAUAUAACGAUUUUUGUCAGGUACUCGCCCAUCCCCUCAGAAUAUCUUUCCAAUCCUUGGUGCUAAUUUAAAUUUAUCAUAUUUCUGCAUGACAUCAUAAUGAAGGAUUUAACAUUCAAUAAUGAUUUCUUUCAAACUCUGUCGAUUUGCCACAAGCAAAAAAUGGAAGUUUCAAGGGGAAGCAUUUCUCUAGUACGAAAAAUAAAUUGAAAUAUCAACUACA